AUGGUUGACAAGGUGGACCUAUUAUUCUAUUAUGGGGGUAGGUGGGUAUUGACACCUACUGUUAUUUACAUUAAAAAAUUGACUCAUGUUUGGAAGGAGUAUGAUCCAGAUUUAUUGUCAUAUAUAGACAUAUGUGAAGAGUUUCAUGAAAAGUUAGAUUUUAGUAAGGUCCAACAGCUUCUACUCAAAGGACCUUCUGGGAAGUAUUAUUUGAUUGAGGGGAAUUCUGGCAUAAGAACAAUACAAACAGCACUGUCUGUUAGGUCUGGUGUACUUGAACUGUUUGCUGUAGAUGAGGGGGAUGAUGUUGUUCCAACUAUUGACAUCAGCCACAAUAAUGAACCUUACCUAGUCACGAUAGAUGCUGCUACUGAAGGUGAAACAAGUGAGAAAGAAAAUGAUGAAAAUGAACCUUACCUAGUCACAUUAGAUGCUGCAACUGAAGGUGAAUCAAGUGAGGAAGAAAAUGAUGAAAAUGAACCUUAUCCCAGUGACUACAAUAGUGAAGAAUUGGAAUCCUUUAGGUUGGAAAAGAAAAGAGAAGUUAAUGAUCAACUUGAGAACUUUAAAGAGUUGGAAAAAGGUAUGAGCUUUAAGAACCUUGAAGAAGCUAAAAGGGUUGUAAGCUACUACUCAAUUGCUAGGAAGGUUGCCCUUAGGGUUGAUAAGAGUGACUCUGUUAGAGUUAGAUAUAAGUGUAUUGUUGGUUGUCCUUUUGUGUGUCUGAUUUUUGAAGUUAAGAAAGGGCAAGGAUUUGAAAUUAAGACCUUGCAAACAAAACAUACAUGUCCAGAAGCAUUCAAGAAUAGAAGAGCUACUCAACAAGCUCUAGCACACUACUUCAAGAAGAGGGUCCAAAAUGAUCCUAAGUGCAAAGUGAAUGAAAUGAGAAAGAUUGUAGAUGAUAACUUUAGGCUUAAUAUUAGUUAUUCAAAAAUGAAGAGGGUCAAAAGACUUGUGCUAGAGAAAUUAGAUGGUAGCUAUGUUGAUGAU